CACAGAGCAAACACCAAGUCUCUCACACUCCGCAUCCAUGUGGGCUCAAGGUGUUGAGUUGUCUAGCUCGCCACGUGGCAUUGUUGCCGCCCUCAGUUCUGCCAUCUUCUCCGCGGAGCCCGAAGCCGCGGCUGCCUUUGCGAUGACUCUUGCCACUGGGCGAGGCCUGCAGCAGUUCGCGCGCGACGGUGGCAACGAGGGCCCACCUGCGCAGGACGCCGCCAAACUGUCCCAGCAGCCUGACGCGCGAGGGGGCGCCGCUGUCCAGAGCGCGCAUUGUGGUGCCAUCGGAGCGCACCUACACUGGUCCUUGGCGCACGCGGGACCCAGCACGGGCCAGUGUGGGCGUAUGGCUGGCGUCUGCCCGGAGGAGAGUGGUGCCGCCUGGCCUUCGCAGCCGCCGGGCGCCCAGCCGCAAGAGCAGCUGGAGGCAGAGGAAGCGCGCCGUCUUUGCCGGUCUUCUCCUGGCUCGGUGCGGACCACCGGGGACGGCCACGGGGCGCCCGGCGGCCACCCGAUGGACCGUAAGACCUUCUCUUCUUGGUCCAGCGACGCGGCCCUCGUCAUCAAGAACACGUUCUACCACAGCAAGGAAGCGGACGACGACCUCGGGGAGGCGCUGCGACGCACGCGGUCCUCCCCGACUCUGACGCCCGCGCCGCCGCGCCACGGCCCGGCAGCAGCGUCCGGCCGGGGGCCCCCCCGCGCGGCCGGCCGGGGCCCGGGCCCGCCAGAGGCGCCUGGGGCCGGCGAGUGGCGCACCUCCGUGCUGCUGCGCAACGUGCCGUACCUGCUCUCGCGGGGCGCGCUGCUGGACCUCCUGAGCUCGCAGGGCUUCGGUGGAGAGUACGACCUGGUGUACCUGCCGCGCGACUUUGCCACGAGACAGACCCUCGGAUACGCCAUAGUGAACGCGCUGACUCCCUCUGCCGCGCUCCGCCUUCGUGCGGCGUUCGACGGUUUUCAGGCGUGGCCGGUGAAGUCCUCGAAGGUCUGCACCGUGGGCUGGUGCGACCGCCAGGGCCUCAGUAAGAACAUCAAAUUCUUCCGUAACAGCAGGGUCGUGAUGGGAAAUCUCCCCGAUGAGUUCAAGCCAGCUCUCUUCUCACAGGGCAGCCAGAUACAAUUCCCUCAUCCCACGAGGAAGUUGGUGAAGAUUCUGAAGCGUGAGCACUGAACAUCGAUAUAUUUGCACAUUUUGUGCAUCCUCAUGGCAGCACCCUGUUAUCAUCAGAACUUGCUUUACAUCGCAGAGAUGGUGGGAAAGCCUACGGGCUUCAAUAGUGGGGUGGGAGUCGCGAACCAAAUGUGAUCCUAACGUUGGCUAGAGCCGUGCUUUACGAUCGCGUGGUCGGAAGGCCAAUAUUUUUUCAAUUGAGCCAACAUGCGUACAGACUUUUUUCGAGUUGCCUCGGAGCCGCGUUUAAAGUUACUGAGAGGUUCCAAUGCACCGGCUCCAGAGUUGUAGCAUCAAUGGGCCAUCAUGAAUGCCGUAUUUCGGUAGACUGUUGAAUUCGCAGCAGCCGCCAUGCCACCAGGCAUUGGCUUGUACCAUCGGUUUUGACGGCCCGCUUCUGACGACGAAUCCUACGGUGCGCAAGUAAGUAGUUAUCUUUAGAUUGAUCCACAUAUGUAUACGGA